AUGUCAAAGGAUGUGAUAUAUGAUAAGGGAAGAUAUUGGGUUCGAAGAAAAGAAGAAAGAACCGCAGCACGCUACAAACACAAGUCCAGGGCGAGAAGACAAAUUGAUUUAGCAAAGCAAAACACAGAGCAGCCAGAGACGUCUGAUAAAAACUCACCUCAGAAGAUUGCUUCUCUAGCGUCCUCGCACAUCUCUGUGGAGUGGAGCGGAGCAACCGGCGGACCUCCCGCCGAGGUGAUAUUACGUCUGCACCCUACAACUCCUCCAAGUCCUAGUGGAAAUUUUUCCUUUGUCGAUAUUGAUGAUGGCGGAGUCGUAGUACGGGCCGAAGAAGCACUUAUAGUGACGUUCGUUCUCUUACUGUGGGUGGCGGCCAUUGCUUUAUUUUUCAAUCGUUGGGGCAAGAUAAGGUGUGUCUAUAAGCUAAUGUUGGAACCAUAUCAACCAAAAUUUCAGCAACAACAUCGACAAAGUUGUGUUCUUUCAGACAAUACUGUUUCAGUACCUCCUCAUCAUCGAGCCUCCGUAUCACGUGCUUGCGUAUCAUAUGACUACGGACCUUCCUUUUCAUCGUAUCAACCUUACGGCUACCUUUCUCAUCGGCCAAGACAGAAUUCAGUAUUUGUUGGAAGUGUAGGUGGAAUGGCUCUUAUACCAGAAAGUCCGCCCAGGCGAUCGCGUUCAGCUGCUGAUCUACCAGCGUUAGUUCCUUCUCACGAUAUUUCUCACAACACUCCAAGGUCUUCACGCGCAGCGAGUCUUCAUAGUGCUGUAGAUUUAAGAGUCUGCGUACCUUCACCGAGGGCCUCAAGAGCAGCUAGUCUUCAUUCAGCUGUUGAUAUGCCGGCAGGUUCUGUUCAAGUACACGUUAGAGGAUCCGUAACGAACUUAAAUAGACCGAAAAGCCCCCGGAGACUCACUAUAACCAAUGUAUAA